AAUGGACACAAUAACAUGGAGUUUCAAGGCAGACACACGAAGAACGUCGAAGAAGUUCUUAAGAACAUUGGAAAGAGUGAUUCCACCCUCCACGGAGUCGAAUUAAAGCGUGUUUCAUAUGCACCCUCAACAUCCUCUAGCUCUGUUUCACGCGGUUCCAAUCAUCCUUCGACAACGGCACACUCGACCCCAAGACUAGCAGACUUUUUCGGUACCGAUGUUUUGCAAAUGGUACUGCAUGACCCAACCAUCUCUCAUCAAUUAUACAGGUUCAGCAAAAGCAGAUUAUGUGGCGAAAACUUGGAGUUUCUAGAACAAGUCGAUCGGUACAAUGGCCUAUUGAAAGAAGUUGCAAAGGCCAUGUCUGAGAUCCAGCGGGCAUACAUCUCGACGAGUGCAGAUGAUCAGAUCAACAUUCCAGAGAGCAUGCUGUGCAAGGUCAAUCGCGACGUGCAAUCGGCUUUGACAACGGCAUUGCCGACACUGGAGUCAGUUUUCGACGAAUGCCGAGGGUCGAUUGAACGACUUGUCGCGGAUGACAUCUAUCCUAGGUUUGUACGGCACCAGAUGACCAUCGCAGCGAGUAAAGCACUUGCACAGACACGCGCGGGCAAUGACAAUCAAAGCAAAUAUGCCGGGCUGGGAGAUUGUUUUGUAUUGACAAGUCCAAACAGGGCCGACAACCCGAUUGUCUACCCUUCAGACGGCUUCAUCAAGGUAACGGGCUAUUCGCGCAACGACAUCAUUCCUCGCAACUGUCGCUUCUUGCAGUGUCGUAGCACGGAUCCGGCGGCGGUUGAGCGGCUGCGUCGAGCAAUUCAAGGCCGUGAAGAAGUGGUCGAGUUGCUCCUCAAUCAGAAGAAAUCCGGCGAGCCAUUCUGGAAUCUAUUGUACAUGACCCCAUUACUUGACGCCACAGGGAAAGCUGUCUUCUUUCUCGGCGGACAGAUCAAUUGCUCGACCACAAUCCACCACACGUCUGAUGCGAUGCGAAUUCUGGCCCUUUCAGGCGACUCAGAUGCGGACACUGUUGAAACCCAGGUCGUUGAGGAGCCACAGAAGCAGAAGACACGGACGGAACGGUUGUUUGCGUCCUUGAGGGGCAAGCCCCAACGGGAAUGUCGUCUACGAUUGCCCGGCAUGGAGGAUGAGAUUCUCAGCAAGAUUGAGACAGACAAGAUGAAUCUCCAAAUGCAAAAGGACACCCUUUAUACAGCGUACUCAAGGUUUGUCGUGGUAAACAUGACGACUUUCUGCAUCUCGUUUCAUUCCAGACAAAUGACCACAAUGCUCCAGCCGCUUGGGUCUGACCAGGUCAAGGGUGUUCCCGCCAUUGUUGGAACAGAUGUCUUCCAUUUCCUGUCUGCUUACUCGCCCAACAAAGUCACUGGAGACUUCAAGACACGCAUCAAGUCUGCCACCGUGGCUGGGAAUGCGAUCAGUAUGGAGAUAACAUUGUCCACCAGACGCCUUGCGGGCUACGAGAAAUUCGUGUCUCACUGGACGCCUUUGAAAGACGACGCCGGCGAGGUAACUUGGGUGGUGGUUACCCUGGGUAGUCGAAACGACUGAAUGAAUACGAAAUAUCUGAACAUUGACGGAGGUCGCUUUCAAGUGGCUACUUCGAGGCCCCAGGGGCAUGAUCGCAAAUUCUCUGAUUCCCAGACCGGUUUUUAAGGACAUUGGAUGUAUGUUUAUAGAUUGCAGCGUAUCUUUCUGGAUAUAGGAUGCAUCCGCGUUUUGAAGAUGCU